AUGGGCGACCAGGACGGCCACGGCGCGCCAAAUGGCGUUAACGGUCUCGUUGUGCCCCAUACUAACGGUAGUGCCACCUAUGCCGAACAGAACGGGCUGCCCGCCCACUUCAUUGGGGGCAACAAGCUGGACAAUGCGCCUCCGUCCAAAGUGAAGGACUUCGUGGCAAGCCAUGGCGGCCACACGGUCAUCACCAACGUCCUGAUUGCCAACAAUGGUAUUGCCGCCGUCAAAGAGAUCCGGUCGGUACGGAAGUGGGCGUACGAGACCUUCGGCGACGAGCGGGCAAUCAAGUUUACCGUGAUGGCCACGCCCGAUGAUCUUCAAGCGAAUGCCGACUACAUUCGCAUGGCGGACCACUACGUCGAGGUCCCCGGCGGCACUAACAACCACAACUACGCCAACGUGGAGCUGAUUGUUGACAUCGCGGAGCGCAUGGAUGUCCAUGCCGUAUGGGCAGGAUGGGGUCAUGCAUCCGAGAACCCAAAGCUUCCCGAAUCCCUCGCAGCCUCACCCAAGAAAAUCGUCUUCAUCGGCCCUCCCGGCUCUGCUAUGCGGUCUCUGGGUGACAAGAUUUCUUCCACGAUCGUCGCCCAACACGCCGACGUGCCAUGCAUCCCAUGGUCUGGUACAGGCGUGAAGGAGGUCAGCGUCGACGAAAAGGGCAUUGUGACUGUCACCGACGAGGUCUACAAACAAGGCUGCGUGGAAUCUUGGCAAGAGGGGCUUGAGAAGGCCCGGCAGAUUGGUUUCCCAGUCAUGAUCAAGGCAUCCGAAGGUGGCGGCGGCAAGGGAAUCAGAAAAGUCGUGGACGAGAGCAAAUUCGAGGAGCUCUACAAGGCAGCGGCUAGUGAGAUCCCGGGCUCGCCCAUCUUUGUCAUGAAGUUGGCAGAUAGCGCCAGGCAUCUGGAGGUUCAAUUGCUGGCGGACCAGUACGGAAACGCCAUUUCGCUUUUCGGCAGAGACUGCUCGGUUCAGCGGAGACAUCAGAAGAUCAUCGAGGAGGCUCCCGUCACAAUCGCCAAGCCGGACACUUUCAAGGCCAUGGAGGAGGCGGCGGUUCGCCUCGGAAAACUCGUAGGUUACGUUUCGGCAGGAACGGUCGAGUACCUCUACUCUCAUGCCGACGACAAGUUUUAUUUCUUGGAACUGAACCCUCGUCUGCAAGUUGAGCAUCCGACCACCGAGAUGGUCAGCGGUGUUAACCUCCCUGCUGCUCAGCUUCAGAUUGCGAUGGGUAUUCCGCUGCACAGGAUCCGGGAUAUAAGACUUCUCUACGGCGUUGAUCCGAAAACGGCGACGGAGAUUGACUUCGAGUUCAAGAACCCCGAGAGCGAGAAGACCCAGAGACGCCCAAUGCCCAAGGGCCAUACCACGGCCUGCCGUAUCACUUCUGAAGACCCGGGCCAGGGGUUCAAGCCGUCUAAUGGUGUGCUGCAUGACCUGAACUUCCGUUCGAGUUCGAACGUUUGGGGCUACUUCUCGGUCGGCUCGGCCGGUGGCAUCCACAGCUUCUCGGACUCCCAAUUCGGCCACAUUUUCGCCUACGGCGAGAACCGCGCCGCCUCCAGGAAACACAUGGUCGUCGCCCUCAAGGAGCUCAGCAUUCGCGGCGAUUUCCGUACGACCGUUGAGUACCUGAUCAAGCUUCUGGAGACCGAGGCCUUUGAGGAGAACACCAUCACCACAGGCUGGCUCGAUGAGCUCAUAUCCAAGAAGCUCACUGCCGAGCGGCCCGAUCCCAUGCUCGCAGUCGUUUGCGGUGCCGUCACCAAGGCGCACAUCUCUAGCGAACAGUGCCUCGCCGAGUAUCGCGCAGGGUUGGAAAAGGGUCAAGUCCCCGCCAAGGACAUCCUCAAAACCGUCUUCCCUGUCGACUUCAUCUACGAGGGAUUCCGCUACAAGUUCACCGUCACGCGCUCCAGCACCGACAGCUACCGCCUUUUCAUCAACGGGUCCAAGUGCACUGUCGGUGUGCGUGCGCUCAGCGACGGCGGUCUUCUCGUCCUUUUGAGCGGCCACAGCCACAACGUGUACUGGAAAGAGGAGGUGGGUGCCACACGGCUCUCAGUCGAUGGCAAGACAUGCCUGCUGGAGCAGGAAAAUGACCCCACGCAGUUGCGGACGCCUUCCCCUGGCAAGCUCGUCAAGUACACCGUGGAGAACGGCGCCCACAUCAAGUCUGGUGAGACCUUUGCCGAGGUCGAGGUCAUGAAGAUGUACAUGCCUCUCAUUGCGCAGGAGGACGGUACAGUACAGCUCAUCAAGCAACCCGGUGCUACCCUGGAGGCUGGCGACAUUCUGGGCAUCCUCGCUCUCGACGAUCCCAACCGUGUCCAGCAGGCCCAAACGUUUGUCGGCCAGCUGCCCGAAUACGGCAGUCCCGUCAUUGUGGGCACCAAGCCUGCGCAGAGGUUUUCACUCCAAUAUAACACGCUCCGGAACAUCCUCCUGGGCUUUGACAAUCAGGUCGUCAUGGUCGACGCUCUGAAGGAGCUGAUUCAGGUCCUUCGUGACCCCCAGUUGCCCUACAGCGAAUUCUCGGCGCAGUUCUCGGCUCUCCACGCUCGCAUGCCCCAAAAGCUUGACGCCCAGUUCACUCAGCUUCUGGAACGUGCUUCUCAAAGGCAUGCCGAGUUCCCCGCCCGCAACCUCAUCAAGGUGUUCCAGAAGUUCCUUGACGAGAACGUUACAUCCCCAACCGAUGCCGAGCUGUUGAAGGCCACUCUUGCUCCGCUUACUGCCAUCCUGGACCAGUAUGCCGACGGGCAGAAGAUGCACGAGCUGAAGGUCAUCGGCGAUUUGCUGUCCCAGUAUGCGGAUGUCGAGCGCUUGUUCUCCGGACGGCGGCUGCAGGAUGAGGAAGUAAUCUUGAAGCUUCGGGACCAGAACAAGGACGACAUCCAAAAGGUUGUCCAGACCGUGUUGUCCCACAGUAGGGUUGCUGCCAAGAACUCCCUGGUCCUGGCUAUCCUCGAGGAGUACAGACCCAACAAACCGAACGUCGGUAAUGUCGCUAAGUGCCUGCGGCCUGUGCUCAGGAAGCUGGCCGAGCUCGAAUCCCGGCAGACGGCCAAAGUCUCUCUCAAGGCCCGCGAGAUUCUGAUCCAAUGCGCGCUUCCUUCUCUCGACGAGAGGAAAGCCCAAAUGGAGCACAUUCUUCGCUCGUCUGUUGUUGAGUCCCGGUAUGGCGAGACCGGAUGGGAUCACCGGGAGCCCAACUUGGACGUGAUCAAGGAGGUCGUCGAUUCCAAGUACACCGUCUUCGACGUGCUGACGCUAUUCUUUGCCCAUGACGAUCCUUGGGUGUCCUUGGCCGCUUUGGAGGUGUACGUUCGUCGCGCAUACCGUGCCUACGUCCUCAAGAAGAUUGAGUACCACCGCGACGAGACCGGUGCGCCCUCCUUUGUAUCUUGGGACUUUGCGCUGCGCAGGAUUGGCCAGUCCGAGUUUGGGUUCCCUGUGCAAUCUGGUGCUCCUUCAUCGCCCUCUACCCCGCUGGGCCACAUCGGGCGCAUCAGCUCCAUCAGCGACAUGUCCUACUUGUCCCACAGGACGCAGGAAGAGCCAACACGGAAAGGCGUGAUUGUCCCCUGCAAGUACCUCGAAGACGCCGAAGAGGUGAUGUCGAGGGCUCUGGAGUCGCUGCCGAUGGCCGGGAACCUCCGUAAGAAGAGCACCAGCAUGCUGACCGAGCUCAACGACAAGCGGCGGCCAACCGCGCUUAUCCGUACCGACAGCGGCAUCGACGAAUUGUCUGCCGUGGUCAACAUUGCUAUUCGUGACGCCGAGGGCCGCGGCGACCAAGAGAUGCUGAAGGACAUCAUGCCAUUGAUCAAGCAAUUCAAGGAGGAGCUCAAGGCACACAAGGUCCGUCGCCUCACAUUCAUAUGUGGUCGGAAUGACGGCUCGUACCCCGGCUACUUCACCUUCAGGGGACCUGAGUACGAGGAGGACGACAGCAUUCGUCAUAUCGAACCCUCCCUCGCCUUCCAGCUUGAGCUCGGCCGUCUUUCGAAGUUCAAGAUCAAGCCCGUAUUCACAGAGAACAAGAACAUCCAUGUCUAUGAGGGCAUUGGCAAGGAUGUCGAGAGUGACCGUCGGUUCUUCACGCGCGCCGUUAUUCGCCCAGGGAGACUCCGUGAUGAAAUCCCGACUGCCGAGUACUUGAUCUCGGAGGCUGAUCGUGUUAUCAACGACAUCUUUGACGCGCUCGAGAUCAUUGGGACUAGCAAUUCGGAUCUCAACCACAUGUUCCUCAACUUCACUCCUGUUUUCCAGCUCCAGCCCAAGGAAGUUGAGCACUCGCUACAGGGUUUCUUGGACCGGUUCGGCGUUCGUGGGUGGCGACUUCGCGUCGCCCAGGUCGAAAUCCGCAUCAUCUGCACGGAUCCGACAACCGGCAUGCCGUACCCCCUGCGUGUUAUCAUCACGAACACAUCGGGAUAUGUCAUCGAGGUCGAGAUGUACGCUGAGCGCAAGUCCGAGAAGGGCGACUGGGUGUUCCAUUCUAUUGGAGGGACCACCAAGAUUGGCGGCAUGCAUCUGAUGCCUGUCUCGACGGCCUACCCGACCAAGAACCACUUGCAGCCCAAGAGGUACAAGGCUCACGUUAUGGGCACACAAUAUGUCUACGACUUCCCUGAGCUGUUCCGCCUGGCCAUCCAGAACAGCUGGGCCAAUGCUAUUAAGGUUCAGCCGAAACUGGCAGAUUUGCAACCGCCAACUGGUGAAUGCAUCGACUUCACCGAGCUCGUCUUGGACGACCACGAUAACCUCGCUGAGGUGUCCCGCGAGCCCGGUAACAACACCUGUGGUAUGGUUGGCUGGCUGAUUAAUGCUCGCACACCCGAGUAUCCCGAGGGCCGCAAGUUUCUCGUCGUGGCCAACGAUAUCACGUACAGCAUCGGUUCGUUCGGGCCGAAGGAGGACCACUAUUUUUUCAAGUGCACCGAGCUGGCCCGUAAGCUGGGUAUCCCGCGCAUAUAUCUCUCGGCCAACUCGGGUGCCCGUUUGGGUCUCGCGAACGAGCUGAUGCCUCAUUUCAACGUCGCUUGGAAUGAUCCUGAGAAGCCUGAGGCAGGAUUCAAGUACUUGUACCUCAAUGAUGAGGCCAAGGCCCGAUUUGAGAACACCGUCAUCACCGAGGAAGUCACGGAAGACGGCGAGAAGCGCCACAAGAUUGUCACCAUUGUCGGUGCCGAAGAUGGCUUGGGUGUCGAGUGCUUGCGCGGUUCCGGCUUGAUUGCGGGUGCCACGAGCAGGGCUUACAACGACAUCUUCACAUGCACGCUCGUUACCUGCCGUUCAGUGGGUAUCGGUGCGUACCUUGUGCGUCUCGGCCAGCGUGCUGUUCAGAUUGAGGGUCAGCCAAUCAUCCUCACGGGUGCCCCUGCGCUCAACAACCUGCUCGGUCGCGAGGUGUACACAUCCAACCUUCAGCUCGGCGGCACCCAGAUCAUGUACCGCAACGGCGUCUCCCACCUGACCGCCACCGACGACUUUGCGGGCAUCUCCAAGAUUGUCGAGUGGAUGUCAUUCGUCCCGGAUAAGCGAAACAACCCGAUUCCUAUCCGGCCCUGCGUGGACAGUUGGGAUCGUGAUGUCGUUUAUACGCCGCCGCAGAAGCAGCCUUAUGACGUGAGGUGGAUGAUUGGCGGCAAGGAGGAAGACGACGGCAGCUUCCAGCCUGGCUUAUUCGACAAGGAUUCGUUCGUCGAGACACUGGGUGGCUGGGCUCGCACUGUCGUGGUCGGCCGCGCUCGCCUCGGCGGUAUUCCCAUGGGUGUCAUUGCAGUCGAGACUCGAUCCGUGGAGAACGUCACGCCGGCCGACCCCGCCAACCCCGACUCGAUCGAGCAGGUUGCCAAUGAGGCCGGCGGUGUCUGGUAUCCCAACUCGGCGUUCAAGACGGCUCAGGCCAUCAAUGACUUUAAUCACGGCGAGCAGCUGCCGCUCAUGAUCCUUGCCAACUGGCGUGGUUUCUCGGGCGGUCAGCGCGACAUGUACAACGAGGUUCUCAAGUACGGCUCUUUCAUCGUCGAUGCCCUGGUCAAAUUUGAGCAGCCCGUCUUCAUCUACAUCCCUCCCUUUGGCGAGCUCCGCGGUGGCUCGUGGGUCGUGGUGGACCCGACCAUCAACCCGACUGCCAUGGAGAUGUACGCAGAUGUCGAGGCACGUGGUGGUGUCUUGGAGCCCGAGGGUAUUGUGGGCAUCAAGUACCGUAAGGACAAGCAGGUUGAGACGAUGGCCCGUCUCGACCCCGUCUACUCCGACCUUAAGAAGCAGAUGGCCAAGCAGGGUCUAUCCAAGGAGGAGGCGGAUACCAUCAAGAAGCAGAUUGCGGAGCGGGAGCAGCGGCUCCUGCCCGUCUACGCCCAGAUCAGCCUGCAGUUUGCCGACCUGCACGACCGCGCUGGGCGCAUGAAGGCCAAGGGUGUCAUCCGGGAGGUUCUCGAGUGGCGCGAGGCCCGCCGCUUCUUCUACUGGCGCGUGCGCAGGCGACUUAACGAGGAGUACAUUCUGCGCCGCAUGAAGAAUGCGACGUCGGUUGCCGGCAAGGCCUCGGCUGACUCGGUCGAGGCUCGUAACCACCAUCUCCACCUUCUCGAAGCGUGGUGUGGCAUCCCCAACUUCGCCACGGAAGACCGCGCAGUGACCAAGUGGUAUGAGGAGAACAGGGCACGGGUGCAGGAGAAGAUUGAUGCGCUCAAGAAGGAGGCCAUUGAGGCGGAGAUGCGGGAGCUGGUGCGUGCCGGCACGGCGGAGAAUGCGGAUGCCACGGAGGCGGUGGCGUGGAAGGGGGUGCGCAACAUGUUACGCGUGAUGCCGGUGGAGGAGAGGGACAAGAUCCUUGAGUUCUUGAAGCAGGUUUAG